AUCAACAUUUGUCAUCGAGGCGCGGUUUUAUUAUAACCUCAAUGCGAGGGUCAUGACUUUCUAUAAACGUGUGGUGGAUUACUGUUCAUUGUUUUAUCGCCAUUAAAGUACUUGGUCACGAUGCUCUCUAUUUUAAAAUUUCUUCAAAAAAAUAAAGCAAUUUUGGUUUCUAGACAGUUGCAGAGGACUCUGUCUUCUCAGACCGAUGGAGAGACACGAAUUGCACAUAUUCUCAAAGAGAAGUUUCCAUCGGCCACGUCUCUAAAAGUUGUGGACAUAUCAGGUGGCUGUGGUGCCAUGUAUGAAGUCCACAUAGAAUCCAAUGAAUUUAAAGGGAAAAGAACUGUUCAACAACACCAACUAGUCAACCAGGCACUCAAGGAGGAGAUCCAAGGAAUGCAUGGACUACGAAUAUUCACAGAUGUUCCUCGAGAGUAGGACCAAGCCCUUUCACAAAUUGUAGGUCUUUGAACAUACACCCCUCGAACGGAAUGCUCAUAUGCUGAUUACAUUUUGAUCUGAGGAUGAACACCCCAAAAUCUCAGAUUAAUUGCUGAUGUGUCUGACAGUAACAAAGGAAACAGUUUGUCCUGUUAUUUCCUGACAGUUUUGUCAGAAAUAAUCUGUAGAAUUUAUGGUAGGGACACAUUUUACAAUGUCAAUUGUGUAAUAAAUGUAACUCUAAAACCAUCAUAUAUUUUUAUUUAUUCACCAUAAAAAGUUAAAUUAUUGAUGAUGAGAUUAUUCGAAUGCUGCCUUUACAGAAGACAUUGACCUAAAAAGCUAUGAUAAGCACAAAAUGACGCUGUCAGGAUUCAUUAGUAAAUUGCCAAGUCAAUUAGCCCCCUAACCAAUUGAGUUGGCUUAUAGUGUUUUUAACCAUUGUAAAGAUAGAAUGCAAAUACAUUGUAGUGAACAGUCAGAAAACCUCAUGACGACUAGCUAUGCAACUAUUCUUGUACAUUUAAUCUGUCAUUGAAAAUCCUUCCUAUAUUUGUGUUUUUGUUUAGUGUAGUAGCUGUUUGUUAAAGUCAUGAGACACAGUCAUGAGACAAGUUUCGAUUCCGUUUCCAGUAUUUCUGUUCUGUCAUUCCUCCUUGUUAACCAUGAAUGUAGAAAUAACAAUUGCUGUCGAAGUAAAUGCACUUCAAUAAAUAGUAUGUGAUUCAAAGGACAAAAAUACA